GUCUCUUGCUCCAUCCUGUAUGUCCUUUUCAGGACAACGGUCCAGGCCUCAGGCCUAUGGGGGCCAGCAGGUUCGGGACGGGCCCGCCCCUCGUCGCGGACCGACCGCAUGGCCGGCUCCACCUUGUCGCACAACGGCAAGACCAACAGCAACUCGCCGACAUACAUGAAUGACCUGGCAUCCUCGCUCGGCAUUGGUGGUCGCUCCGUCUCGUCUGCCUCCUCCUCCAACGACGCGCCACGCUCUGCCCACCCCGUGCGUCGCUCGGCUGGCUCGGCCACCCGGACACCCGCUUCGGGCUCACUCUCGGCCACGUCGUCAAGCACCCGCCUGGCGCGAAACUCGUCCGCAGCCUCGGUCGCCACGGGCUCAUCCCGUGCCGGGGGCUUCUCCUCCGAGCGCGAGUCGCAGCUUCUCGUCCUGCUAGAGGACGCAUCCUACCUCCGCCGCUCCGAAGGCAUCGAGAUGCUCCGCUCUAUGCUCCGCGAGGUCGCCGACCAGCCUGAGCACGGCGCUCACUUUGUCUUCUCGCGCCCAAAAGAGCUGUACUCGCUCAUCAAAGCACGCCUUUGCGAUCCGUCCUGGAACGUGGCUCACCAGACCACGCUCAUGGUCUCCGAGCUUGUCGCCGGCCUUCCGUCGCGCGCCCUGCCGGGCUUUCUCGCCGUCGCCCUCCCGAACAUUGUCCACAACCUUGGCGACUCCAAGAUCCUCAUCCGCAAAGAGUCACUCCAGGCGCUCUCCGCGCUUAUGCUCGAUUCAGCCUACGAGGCUGUUGGCAAGAACGUCGUCACUGCGCUCGUCCGCCACGGCUUGCUCAACUCGGAUCUACGCGUGCGCCUAGAGACCGCGCUCGCCAUCCCUGCUCUUGUCGUCGGCUACAACCCUGCCAUCGAUUUUGUCCAGCUCAUCCAGGCCCUCAUCGGCCGCCUCACCGACGGCUCGGACGACGUCAUUGAGGCUGCCGAGCAAGCUCUCUACCACCUUCGCCUCGAGCUCAAGUCGGGCUUUGACGCUCACCUCCGCCGACUCACUCCGCAACAGCGCAAGGCCUACACCGACCAUCAGGCGCUCUCACUCCCGCGUGCCCCGCUCGGCUCGGUUGCCUCGCUCAAUGCCUCGGGCUCGUCGGUCGAGCUUGCCCCGGCUCCAUCCGCCGUUGCCCCACAGCAGCCGCAGCCCGACGUCUCUUCGCCGCCGGCCACAGCUCCGGCCUCGCCACGACGCCCUGCUACUCCGGACCUUGCAUUUGGUCUCGUCCCCGAUUCGGUUGUCGCUGCCCUUGAAAACGUCGACGACUGGCAGACCCGUGCCUCGGCGCUCGAGCAGCUGAAACACGCGCUUGCCAACGUCGCCGACGUCACCACCCUGCUCCCGCAUCUGGGCCCGCUAAUCCGCGUCCUCACCGGCCCGCUCCUGCACGACGCCAAUUUUACCAUUGCACUCACCACUCUCGAGUCGCUCUCCGAAUUGGUGCAUCGGGCCGGCUUUCACAUCAACACCCAUGUCCCGGGUGUCCUCGUCUCGCUCUUCAACAAGCUCGGCGACUCCAAGCUCGUCAUCCGCACCACUGUCAUGGCCAUCAUGAUGCGGCUCAUGGCCAUCGUCACGCCCAAGCCCAUCCUUGCCUACCUCCUCAAGCAGCUCGACCACAAGUCAUGGCGCGUCCGCUGCGACAUCGUCGACAUUGUCAUUGCCGCCAUGCUCACCUUUUCCGACUACACCUUUGACUUUCGCGUCCUUGUCAACUCGCUCGCCAAGCUCCUGGCUGACCCGCACGAGCGCGUCGCUGUCCUCACUCUCGAGGCUUUUGCUCUCAUGGAGUCUCGGACCCGUGGCAACGAAAUACUGCGCAUGCUUACCACCAAGGCCGACGCUGCCACCCUUCACGCCGUCCAGGACCGCUGCAUGGCCCCGGCCGACAAGCUCGCAGUCCUUGGUCGCAACGGUCUUCCGCAGCUGCCCUUCCUUGCGCCCUCGCCCGAGGCCGCUGACAUGCGCCCGCGCCGCGUCCGCUCCGCCAAGGUCGCCCGGCCGGGCUCGGUUUCUCGCGCCCCGCUCGCUAUCCACCCCCACGACUCAUCAGCGACUCGUCCGGCGGUCGAGCGCAUCUCGCCGGAGACCACCGCUGACACUGCAGCGUCGCAGCCUCCACGCCGCCGCCGUAUCUCGUCAGCUCCGCGCGAGCGCACGCUCCGGCCUAAGACCCCACGCCGAUUGCCGUGGGAGAUGGGCUCGCGCUCGCGCUCACAGACCCGCGCCGCCACCGAAAAGUCAUCGUCCUCGCCCAAGCCCGACCCGGGCUCCCACCGCCCUCGCCCGGCCUCGGUCUCGCGCCAAGGCUCGGUUCCGGCUGCCAUGCCUUGGUCCGAGAACUAUCCGCGCCGCAGAGUCUCGGGCUCGGUCGCCCAGCCUGUGCCGUCGCUCUCUGCAUCGAUUGGUCCAGGCGUGACCGUCGGUCGCACUGCGUCGCGCCGUCGCGUUGGCGACGCCGCCUGGGACGCCUUUGUCCGCCACUCGUCGCUCUCUUCGGCUGCGCCUGUCCGAUCCGCCUCCUUUCACUCGAGCAGCGCAGGACCGCUGGCGCCGUCGCGCUCGCCAGACGCCUCGCCGGCAGCCUCACCGCCGCCGGCCUCCCGCAAUCGCCCUCGCCACUUUUCGCCGCCACCGUCGUCGGCGCCGUCGUCCUCGGCCUCCAACCCGUUCUCCGCCCCGACACAACCGGUGAACGUUGGUUUGGCCAGUCCGUCGCCGGCCGCCUCCACUCCGCCGGCUCGCGUCUACGCACCGGACUUUGAGUACGAGCACGAGACGUCCAACGCCGACGACUUGAGCGCCACCUUUGACACGGGCUACAACUCCACCUUUGACGCCGACAACUACGCCACCCGCCCUACCAACGACAGCUCUCUCCCCUCCGUCUCUGAAGACGACGGUGACGACGAUGGCGACACUCUGUCUACUAACGCCUUUGGUGACGGUGUCGACGACGGUGAUGACGACGACAGCUACACCUACACCGACGAUGACAGCUCUGGCGACGCCGGCUACAAUCCCGCCCGCUAUGCAGAGCCGGACAGCCCCAUCUCGCUCUAUCCGUGCAACAACUGCGGCCGCAAGUUCAAUGCUCAGUCGCUCGCCCGCCACGAGAAGGUCUGCCAGUCAGUCUUCUCCACCAAGCGCAAGGUCUUUAACGCCACUGGCGGCAACCCGCGCCCGGCGAGCUCGCGGCCAACAACGCAGCCGUCCCGCGGCCCGGCGCCGGCCCGCGAAGAUCCGCACCCAGCGCCGGCCUCGCCGCAGCAGCCGCGCCAGCGCCAACGCCAGCGCCAACCGGCUCCCGAGACUCGCAGCCCGCCCGAGCCCGCUCGCCCGCUCGCCACCCCUGCCACAACCGCCCACGACGAGCGGCCUGUCGCCGCCGCCAAGCCUCAGGGCACGCCCGCAAGUGGCCUCGACCCGGAAGCCUAUGCUCCUCCGCCGCCAGCCGACCAGCUGCAGGCGUGCAGCAUCUGCGGACGGACCUUUGCGCCGCACCGCAUCGAGAAGCACGAGACUGCGUGCCGCAAGGCGUCCAAGGCCCGCAAGCCGCUCUCCGGCACCAAGCGACGCCGCGACCUCCUCGCCGCCGAAAAGUCCACAAAGUGGCGCGAGCAGCACGCCGAGUUCAUCGCCCUUGUCCGCAAUGCCAAGGAGGUGACCGCCUUUGAAAAGGCCGGCGGCAAGUUGUCGGACCUGCCGCCGCCGUCGCCCUCGUCCUCGUCCUCCUCGCUCGUCCCCUGCCCGCAUUGCACCCGCAAGUUCUCGCGCCAGGCCGCCGAGCGCCACAUCCCUAUCUGCGCCAACAACGAGAACAAGCCGCGCCCGCCGCCCAAGACCAAUCGCUACGCCGACAUUGCCCGCAACCGCAACCGCCCUCUCAACCGCAGGCCUAAGACCAUCACAUAG